GUUCAAUCGGGUGGCAGCUGAGUAAUAUUAUGUGGAGAGUAUUUAUUAUGACGAAUCCACUGUACGCGAUGUAAAAACAACGAGAGAAGCUGCAUAAGCCGAACUACGAUACACAAGAGGCGAGGCUAAAUAUCCUGUCGUCCCCAGCGUUCCUGCCAGACAAACAGAUAGAUAAAUAGGCAGGAGAGAAGGACACUGCCUAAAUAUUCAUUACAAGUACAGGACAAACUAAACCAAAAAAAAAGGGAAAACCAAAUGUCGAUUGCAUUUCAUAAUGCAAUUUUUAUUUUAAAUAUGAUAAAUCAUUAAGACAUCCAAGAUAAACCAAACAGAGGAAGAAAAUCAGUGGCAAAUGCAAAAGGAAACACGCCCAUAAGCAACAACAACAGAACAGGAACUAGAACAACACGCCAUAACGUCCUUGAGUGGCUGCCGUCAAUUCAGGAAAAGAAGGACACCAAUAACAAACGAAAGGAAACAACAGACAACAAAACAAAACAAGAGUAGUGUAAAAGGUGCGCUCAAAAUAUGGCUACGACAGCAGCAGCGCCUACUUCGCCCUCAACUGGUGCUCGAAUCGAAUCGGAGACUGGAGCAAGUGCAGCGGAAACAGCGCCAGCAGCAGGAGCGGCAGCAGUAGCAGCAGAUACCGAAGGCAUCAGCGGCAUCGAGAUGCUCAAGGCCCUGUAUGAUUUUCAAGCGGUUUAUCCCAAAACCAUUAGCUUCGAUGAGGGUGAAUAUUUUAUACUAUAUCAGACCUCGGCGCGCCAGCGAAACUGGUGGCAAGUGGUCAGCAUGAAGGGCAACAUUGGAUUUGUGCCCUCCAAUUACGUAAUGAAGAUUAAGGUGGAGCAUGAUUUCCUUAUCAGUUUCCUUAACUCAUCCAUCGAGUCGCUUGAGAAGUGUACAGAUCAUGAGAUAAAUGGCAUUAUGUCUAAGGAUGAACUCUUGGAUAGAUUGCGUGAAAAGAAGCAUACAAUGGAGCGAUUAUAUGCAGACAAUUCGGAGCGAGAUGGCGACUCAUCUCUAUCAUAUUCGCAUAGCUACAGUGACAAGGCCAGCAGUCAUCGUCAUUCCCAUCCCCAUGCGCAUCAUCAGCAGCAACAACAACAACAACAGGGAGGGCAUGGACAUGGUCAUGGUCACCAUCGACAGCAUAGUCCACCUGCCGCCCAACGUUUAGAUAUGAGUAAAAAGAGCAUGUCUAGUCCGGCAGUGGGUACGGCUUCCAGUAUGCCGCCAGCACAGAUCCUAACAGAGUCACCCAGCAUGGGUAAUAUGCAACUACAGAGCUCCACGUGCACCAUACAAACGCCACAACAACAGCAGCAGCAACAACAGCAACCACUGCCCGCUCCUCCGCCAGUUUCGGCAUCUAACUCAUCAAAGGCAGCUGCAGCGGCGGCAGCAGCAGCAGCAGCAGCGGCAGCAACAGCUGCAGCCGCAGCCGUCUCAGAUGUUGCCCAAGACAAUAGCAUCACAUCGGAGCCAUCGGAGACAACAACGACAACGACAACCACUAGCGAGGAUGUGGUCACCACAUAUAAGGAGACCAGCCAACUAAGCACUAGCCAACACAAGCCUCCAAAUAAUGGAAGUACAGCCUCUGCAUCUGGUUCAGUAUCAGCAUCUGCAUCCGUUUCGGCUGUGAGAAGCAGCAGCACUGGCAAUGGCAAGGCAUCUGCCUUGCAACAGAGACAGAUCGGUGAUGAUUCGGUUCCAGCAGAACCACGUUCAGGCGAUGCCAGCGAUGAUGAUGACGAUAGGAAUGAUGACGAUGGCAUAGGCUGUUGUCCCCUAAAUGGUCAGGACAGCGCCGAUAAUAGUCAGGCUCUGGAUAGCAUUGAUAGUCCAUCGCUCUCCCAUUGUCAAAUGAAGAGAUCUGAACGUAAUGGAGCCGGCAGUCUGGGCGUGGGCGAGACCAAUGACGAUGGCGUCGAUGGCGGUGCUGGCGUAAGUGGUCAACUAAAAGUGGAAUCAUCGGAUGUCUAUCAGAUUGUUGAUGCCCUGCGACGUAACACGAAUCUCAGUUUUGAUCUAUCCUGUGAGGCAUUGCGUGUGGUAUUGACCAGUCUGGAGCAAUUGUACAAUGGUGCCAUUAAUCCCUAUCUGGAGGCAGUGGCUGUUCAUGUCACUGGCAAAGUGGCCACACCCAAAGAGCUUCUUGGCAUUACACACGAUUCCAAGCGUCUACAAUAUCUUUUCGCUCAAUUGGCUGACUGCAAGAACGAUACCGAGCAACGCACCUGGAUGCUCUAUGAAGAUGAGGAGGAUAUUAUACAAUUUCUUGAAGAGUUGGUCGAAAUACUGAACAAUGCCGAUGAAAGUAUCAGCUGUUAUGAGAUGUCCUGCGAUCAAUAUCAAAUGUUUAUUAAUUUGGUGCAAUACUAUCAAAUGGAGACACGCUGGUCCAUCAAACGACUCCUGCUCAAGACAUUCACAGCUGCCUGUCAUUUGGAUCACAUAAUAGUGGACAUAUUGCUAACCUCAGUGCUGCCCCUGGAGAUUGUGGAGGACAUGAAAACCCAUUUUGCCAAUUUGGAGCGUUUCAAGCAAUUGGUGAAAAUGUUAACCAUUAUCUUUUCCUUGGGUCAACCCAUGCCAGUGAAUCAUCAAGACUAUUUAGGUGUACAUUUUGCCAGCUUUCUGCUAGAGAUAAUCGAGGGCAAUAAUCCGGAAGUGCUUGUCGAUAUGGUAAUUGCCUUGAUAUUGGCAUUUAAUCAACAAUUUGGUGAACAUACCUACAAUGUGAUCAUUGAGGCAAUGCAGAAUUUGCCCACAGCCAAGGUGUUUACGGAGAAGCUACUGCUCCUGCUCAAUCGUGAGGAUGAUCCGACACGUGUGCUCAAACAUGCCAAUGACCACAUGAAUACGGUGCUGCGCAUGUUUAUCGAUAUAUUUAGUCAUUCGGAUACGGCGGGAAUGUUUUAUACGAAUGACAUAAAGGUGCUCAUUGAUAUUGUGGUGCGUCAACUAUCAGAUCUGGAUGCAGGUAGUGCGACACGCCCUUGCUAUUUGGAGCUAUGUCGACGCAUUUUACGUAAUACCAACUAUCAGGAGCAUCAACAUCGUAAGCAUGAUCUCAUGAAAAUAUUCACACGCAUCUUCUGCGAGGAGACCGAAUGCAGUGCAUCCGAUCAGCAAUUGGUGCGCGAGAUAGCCAACGAAUUUCCUCAAUUGUUUAAGGCCUAAUCGAAACGAAAUGUUAACGUUAAAAAGAAAUCCUCAAAAAAAUCCUUCCCGGGAACCAAAAUUUGUAAAGCAUUUGCUAGUGAGGCGCCAGAUUAGCCGCCAAUCCUAAAAGUGAAAAUUAUAUGAAAAACAAGAUUGAAUUGAUGACCUGAUUUGUUAUCAUUUUGUUUAUUUACACACAAAAUCUAUAUUGUUAAGUGUCAGUAGAUUUGUGUUAUACCGCUAGUCCGACUUCUUCCCCGUCUCACCUUUCCACCACCGCCCCUCCCUCUCUACAUACAUAUAUGUGUAUCUUAUGAACAUAGUUUUUAAGCAGAAAAGCCAAAAGCAAAAAAACAAAACGCGACGAUUAGUAACGAAAAGGAAUCAUUGUACUAGUGGCAGCAAUCUUAUAUAGUCGUUAGACUUUAGUCAUAUUCGGUAUAUAUAUAUAUAUAUAUAGAUAUACUCAUAGGAGUGUGAAAAUUUCAAGGAAAACCAAAUAAUAAUAAUUGUUAUUACAAAUUUCAGGCAUUUAUUUCACAUUAGUUAUUGUAUACACUUCUCUUUCUCUCUCUCUCUCUGCUACUCCCCCGCUUUCUUUCUCACUCUCUCUAUCUUUUUCUUACUCUCAGUGAAGAGUGGUGGGGAAAAGAGAGAGAGACAGUGAUCGUGUGUGUAGAGAGAGAGAGAGAGAGAGAGAGAAAUUAAUUAAAUAAAAUUUACAUUUUAUUUGAAUAUAGAAAUUGAUAAAUGUAGCAUAAAUAUACCUAAUAAAAACAAAAUGUUAAUUACAAUCUACCAUAA